UUUGUCCGCUCCACACACGAAAACAACAACCACGGGGUUUGUUCUGAGCUGUCGACGAUCCGGUGUUCUGUCCCUCGUACCGGCUCCAGCAUGGCUUCCUUGCCCCUGUUUUUCCGCCGAGCCUGGUCAGCGCUUUUGCUGAGGGAGGGCGGCCCGUGUGAUGUCCGCCUGCGGCCUUGGAGGUCGGUGUCGGGAACCCGCCGCCUGGACUCGCGGCACAAGGGCAGCGCCUUGAAACGCUGGACUCUGCUGGUGGAUCCCUUCGGCUCUUUGAAGGUGCGUCUGCCCUGCGAUGUGUCGGUGAAACCGCUGGACCCGCACGGCUACCCGUCCGCUGACCGCGCUUUCGUUGAGCUAAUUUCUCCAAACCAAAGGGAGAAUAUGGACGAUGUUCUGGUCAAGUAUGACAAGGCUCUGAAACAGAUGGUGGUGACUUCUGAAAACAUCAGUAGCGAUACUCUCAUUGACCUGGUAACUCCGGUAAAGUUUGACUUGGACAUUAGCACCUUUCAUAAAGGAUGUGUCAAAAUAAAAAAAAUGGAGAGUGAUAACUGCUAUAUAGAGACUGAAAAAGGACACAGUAUUCUGAACUCGUUAAAGGCUCAUAAAGUCCAAGUCCAUAGCAAAGGUGGGAAAGUGAUUUGUCGAGGGACAAUCCAUGGAAAUGUAGACAUACAGACCACUGAUAAAGGAAUUGUAGAAAUUGAAAAACUGCAAGGAACAAGCGUGAAUAUUUCCACCACUGAUGGCACACUGAAAACAAAGUAUAUUUAUGCUGAAUCUUCAAAUCUGUCCUCUUCUAAUGGCAAUAUUGAACUUGGAAACAUUCAUGGAAACGUUACAAUUCGGACAGAUGCAGGUUCUGUUAUAGUCGAUUCUUCAGAUGGCAGUCUAACAGCUUCCACACAACAGGGUGACCUCGAUAUUUACAUCAGUCAGCUAGGAAUUGUAGAUCUGGUAACCCAAGAAGGUUCUAUCAUGUUAAAAUUGCCUAAAGCCUUAAGAGCUGAGCUACAGCUAUCUGGAUCAAUUGUAGAGAUUAGUCCUGAGAUUCAGCUGGAUGACAUUGAUAAUAGCACACAGCAAGAUCACCAAACUGUUCACGCUUUUCUGAAUGGUAAAGGAGAAGGUGCUCAUUUAAUCAAGGCUCAGGCAGUGCGUGGUAUGCUGAACAUUAAAAGCUGUAGUUGGAUUGACACUCUGAAGCUAAAGUCAUUAUAAUAAAUCUGUACUAAAGCAAAUGGAUUUUUGUUUCCUCCAUAUCGAUGAGUUAUGAGUUUCCAUGUAUUGUUAUUAGAUGUAUUUUUGCUACUUUAUUUCACCUGUAAAGAAAAUUAUUUUAAUCAUGUUCAUGUCAUCAUAAUUUGUCAUACAUUGUUCAGAAAUCAUCUGUAACUGAUUAAUUGUCAAAUUUUUGCCAAUUUUUAGGCAUUUAAUUUUAUAGAGCAUUUAAUUUCUUCAAAUAAACAUAGAGUAUUAAUCUAAUAAUAGAAUGUAAUGGUCAGUCACUUUUUGUGUAAUCACAACCUCGACCUAUUCUAUAAUUUUAGUAACCUGUAAUAAAUUAAUUACCACAAAAUACUUACCAUCUUAUGUUAUGUUGCAGAUUAACUAUUGAAAUAAAUACUGCAUGCUUGUUUGAUCUUUAACAGAAGUUAAAUAUAAAUAUGCAGAUUGCUAUUUGUACAUGACAAAUGUAUUUGAGUUAUGGAAACCUGUCCAAAGGGGGACGUCUCUUUUUUUUAAAAAAAAACCUGGCACUAGUAAAAGAUUGACACUUAGUAACUGUCCCAAAUAACCAAUUUGGUAUUUAAUAAAGCUGUACCUUAUGGACACUUCCAAAUAAUGAAUUACAAUCAACCUUCACUGCACAAAGAUUGUUUACAACAUAAAUCACUUGAUCGGUAAAUAAAAGUUGUGAUUGAUGGGAAAAAACAUGGUGUCUGUUGAAUGGAGAUUUCUAUACUUGCUGAGACAUAGUAUCUUACCUGCUUUUGUUCCAGGAUUAGAGUGGUUCCUCUGCUUUUAGGGAUCAUGGAUAAACACAGUAUUCUUAAAAAGCCAGGGCCUGUGCAAGCAUAGAUUUUUCCACUCUCUCCUUGCUUUAUUGCUACUAUCUGAAAUGAGACAUUGGUCUCUGGGGCAUUAUCUCUGAAGACCAGGACACUUAUUUGAUGAUGAUGGUAAACUGCAGGUUGAUUAUUGCACUAAAUUUCCUGCUCUUCCUCUACACUCUCCCCUCCCCCCAAAAUAAUAAGUGGUGGGCUGGAGGUUCAAAAAAUUGAGAGGAGUGGCAUAUAGGAGAGCAUGAAAUCAGGGUGUUUCUGAAAUCAGCAGUGAGGAGAGAUGGACAUUGAGCCCGAUGCUUUGGGGAUAAAAGAGGACUAAGAAUUAGGAUAUGGGGACUGAAGUGGAUGAGGGUUGGGAGAAUCUGGUAGGAGAAAGUGAGGACUGCAGAUGCUGGAGAUCAGAGCUGAAAAAUGUGUUGCUGGAAAAGCGCAGCAGAUCAGGCAGCAUCCAAGGAGCAGGAGAAUCGACGUUUCAGUCAUAAGCCCUUCUUCAGAAUCUGGUAGGAUACCAUUAUUGUUUGCAGAGCCAGUAGCAACCUGUAAGGUGCAAGAAUAAUAAGUGGACGUAGAAUCAUCUUGAACUGGGAGUUUUUAUUUACACAGAAUCCUUCACCAUGUGUAGCAAUUGAACUCACAACGUAAGUUUAAUUCUAUGGGGGAUGGGAAUAAAUAUUUGACAAGGAAGAAUAUAAAAGAACUAGGAGAAGCUAAUAGUUCGGUUUCAGAAGGCCUCCUGAGUUCUUGGAACUUGAACAAGACUGAUGAAGUGAAAUCAAGCAAAGAUCCUCAAAUGUAGGGGACCCAACCUCUGAGGUAAACUUAAUAGUUGUGGGUGAUUGUGCAUUGCAUUGUCCAGCUAGUUGGCUACUCUAAGCAGAAUGCCCUUUAAACUUUAGCAUGCUAACCAGUAUGCCACCCCUCUUCAAGUAAUGGUAUCCACUUUGUAUCCAUUCCUAUCAAACCUGAUCAAGUAUUUCUAAUUUAAGUAGUAUUAAAUACAAAGAAUAGAAGCAAUUUUUGAGGAAUGUUCCAGUCUGUGAACAAGCAACAGCUGUGAUGCAUGUGCUGAGCCAAGCACUUAAUCCUAUCAAAAACAGGUUGGCAGACUAAAGUAGGGAGAAAGGAAAACUGCAAUUGGAGGAUCAUCUAUUCCAUCACCAGUGUGACAGACUUGGGUGCGCUAACUCCACCACUCCCUCACUUUAAACAUUAACAGUACACAGAGGACGAGGGGUGCAUUUCAGAAAGGAGUAUGCCAUUAAGCCCCCGAUUGGCUGGGACCUUCCAGUUGCUCUAAUCGUACAAUUGUUGACUUUGUGGUGUGCAAGCUGUCAGUGCAGCAAUGGAUCUUAAGAUCACGACUGUUUCAAUGGAAAAGGACCCCAGGUUGACAAUCAACUCGGAAACCCAAUGAAAGAGAAUGCAACUAUGAUCAAAUCCAGAAUUCAAUACAAUCCCAAGUGAGUCUGAAAGAAAGAAUCAUUGUUGCAGUCAGCACUGGAAUAUUUCGUUCUUCUUAGUUCAAAUUGCAUAAAUGACCAUUUUGAAAAUGAGCCAACCAGGUGCAGAUUCCUGGGGUGUCCCUGAUUUAUGGUUUCAUAUAUUAUCAUAUUCAAUUUUCAUCCUGCAUCUUUUGACAGUUGCUUUGAAUUUGAACUAAAUUUACUUAUUAAAGAGAAAUUAUUUCCUCCUGUGCGUUAAAAUAUGUUCUGCUGAUUA